GAAGAAGUAUGUACUUGGUGAGUAUUUACUUGUUCCCUAAUGUAUAUAUGUACCAGGGAGGGAGGCCCCCCCCCCUGUGGAUGGAACUGGGGUGGACCACGCCAGAGGGGUCCAGCCUUGCCACCUUAUUGGCCAGGCCUGUCGAGGGGCUGCCGGGCGGGAAGGCCUCAAAGCGCCCACUUCUGACCCCUUCCCGCUUCUUGCAUGUACCCUACAGACCUGGCAAAGGCAGGGCCCCGCUGGCUUGUUGCAUGUACCCGACAGACCUGGCAAAGGUGGCAAAGGCCGGGCCCCGCUGCCUUGUUGCAUAUCCACCGACCCGGCAAAGGGGGCAAAGGCAGGGCCCCGCUGCCUUGUUGCGUGUACCCUACAGACCUGGCAAAGGGGGCAAAGGCAGGGCCCCGCUGCCUUGUUGCGUGUACCCUACAGACCUGGCAAAGGGGGCAAAGGCAGGGCCCCGCUGCCUUGUUGCGUGUACCCUACAGACCUGGCAAAGGUGGCCAAGGCCGGGCCCCGCUGCCUUGUUGCCUGUACCCUACAGACCUGGCAAAGGGGGCAAAGGCGGGAACCCACCCCCUUGGCGUAGGGUUGGGCACACGCAACACGACAAGAGGGCCCAGCCUUUGCCACCUUUGCCAGGUCUGUAGCGUACAUGCAAGAAGCGGGAAGGGGUCAGAAGUGGGCGCUUUGAGGCCUUCCCCCCGGCAGCCCCUCGAAAAGAGGGGCCGGGGCGGGAAGGCCCCCCCCCCUUCAAAAAGUUAGAUCGGGGGGGGGGGCCUCCCGCCCUGAGCCCUGGAACAUAUGUAAUAUUCAUAGUCAUUGAUGACAUUGCCAUUUAUUAUUUGUUUCCCUGAUCUAUCAUGGUUUUGUGGCAAAGCAGGAUGGGCCAAGGCAUUGAUUCUUGAUUGAUGAUGGGCAAAGGCAACAACAUGGUACCUCAAGACAAGGACGACAUGGCGUUGCGCUGCAAUGCGGCGGCCGUAUCGGCCGACGGUUGCACAACAAACUGCGCAUGUGCACACGCAUUCGUGGAGCCACGACUCCACAAGGUGAACCUACAAAGUGAUUUGCCGAGCGAUGGGGAGGCGCAGUUUGGUACUUUCUAGCUCUUUACUUUUGAUGCCUUUAUUUUAUUUAGAUCAUUCCAUGCAAGAAGACAAGAACACUAUUAUAAGACUGAAAAGCACUAUACUAGUCGCAUUCAUGAUUUGCUAGUGAUGGAAGGAAAAGGACAACGCACUUUCUACCAUCUUCAUCUCGAGCACACAGGUCUUCACACCCCUUCCCCGACAACAUCAGCGAAAAAGGCGGCGCUCAAUCAUGAGAAUGAUCUUCCUGACGGUUUUAGCCAAGCUAUGGCGAGUCACUCCCGGUGCCAUGAAAUCCCUGCUAGCGAAUUUGGUACUGAAUGCAUUUUCUUGCAUUUCUCUGAUGCAGAAGUAAGAAGACACCACGAAAGCCACUGAGGACGAUUACUAUUAUUUAGGAAAACUAUUGCCAAGAACAAGCACGCCUGAAGUACUACGCACUUUCUAACAUCCUCUAACCCAGGUCACCGCGUCACCCCUUCCCCGACAACACCAGCUAAAAGGACGGCGCUCAAUCAUCAGAAUGAGCCUGGCCACGGCAAUAAUGUCGACAAGAAGCAGCUGUCGGUGACUGAUACCACUACCACAAGCGCCCCUCUCACCCACGUGGCGUUGAGCAACAAAGUUGAUAAUUUGGCGUUGGGUAACAAGGGCAAUGCUGGCGUGGCGUUGAUGGGUCCUGACGGUUUUGGCCAAGCCGUGACGAACCCAGUUACCGAAGUUACCGAAAUGGCAGUUACCGAAGUUCUCGGUACUAUAUUUGAAUUUGAGUUCUCUCUUCUUGGUGGAUGCGAUACUGUAUUACAGUAACUGUGACGUGAAGAAGAUAUGGACACUUUUGAUUCAUUCGUGGAGUUUCAAUUUUAAGAUGAUCAUGAUGGUGGUUCUUCAACUACACGACUUCAUUAUGGUUAUUAAUAUAUUUAGUUCUGAGACUCAUUUUGACACUAGAGAUUAUGAAGAUUUGAAACUCAAUUUGACGUCACAGAUUAUGAAGAUUUCCACGGCGGUUGGCGUACCUACGCACGGCAGCUUCGGUCGCUCCUAUGUUGUUUUGUGACUACAGGACUUCUGCUGGCUUUCGGGUUUGUACCCCCAAUGGGAUGGCCCAUUUUUGAAUACGACUUGCGGGGUUUUGAAGAACAAAGUACUAGGUCUGCAUCGUACUCGAGACAGCCAUGCUACUCGUUCUUGGCUUCAUUAGCGUACUUGGCGGCCGGAGGAGUGGUGAGUGCGCUUGGCAUAUUGUUGGGGACCACAAGCGUGUAUCUCUGGGUCGGGAUCUAUACUUGUACUGCGUCGUCAUCUGCAGCGGCAUCUGCAACGUAUGCAAAUCAGAUUUGCCUGGUACUUGUAGUUCUUUUUCAUCUUCUUCUGCUGGAGACUUUUGGGAGAAUGGUGGUGGCUGUUCCAGACCUGCAAUAUGUGCUGUGGCUGCUUCACGCGGCUCCCAUGCUCCUGUCAAAUGCUGGCGCAGGGGUGUGGUUCCACACUUCAUGUGUGGUGGCCUUGCGUGUUCCACAACAUCUGUCCCUUAUGGCGACCGAGGUCUGGCGCAGCAUGCUCAGGAAAGCGAACAAGUGGCGCAACAUCAUCAAGAGCAAGAUGGCGUGGCGCAAGAUGCUCAGGAAAGUGAACAAGUGGCGCAACAUGAUCAAGAGCAAGAUGGCGUGGCGCAAGAUGCUCAGGAAAGUGAACAAGUGGAGCAACAUCAUCAUGUACAAAAUUCGGAUGUGUGUCAGUGCCUUCUUCAUCCGGUGCGGCCACAUCAGUGCUAUCACUAGGAAUGCCACUGGGGUCCUCCAGCGCUAUGGCAGAGCGACAGCCACUGGCCUUCUGUGCUACGUCACCGCGCCAACUUUCUGGCGCUGCGCCAGCAAUUUCGGCACUACUCUCUGGCGCUAUAUUACUACCUCUUCAGCGUGGGACUACAUCACCACUACCAGCGCUACUUCUUGGCGCUAUAUCACUACGUCCGCAGCGUGGGACUACAUCACCACAACCGGCACUACUCUCUGGCGCUAUAUAA